CUGCGAAACCACAAAGGCAACGAGCGCGAGUAUAUCCAGAACAGUUUGAAAGAAUGCCGCGCCGAGGUGCGCGGGCAGGACAUGGAUGUCAAGGCGACGGCGCUGCUGAAGCUGGUGUACCUCGAGAUGGUUGGGCAUGACAUGUCGUGGGCCUCGUUCCAUGUCCUCGAGGUCAUGUCGUCACAGAAGUACCACCAGAAGAGGGUCGGAUACCUGGCCGCCGUACAGAGCUUCAGGCCCGACACCGAAGUGCUCAUGUUGGCCACGAAUCUCUUGAAGAAGGAUCUGACCUCGACCCAAGCGACAACAAUCUCCCUCCCGAUCGCCACGCUGCCGCACAUCAUCACCCCCUCCCUCGCUCUCUCGACUCUCUCCGACCUCCUCCCCCGCCUCAGCCACUCGAACCCCGCCAUCCGCAAGAAGACGAUUGUAACGCUGUACCGCUUGGCGCUAGUGUACCCGGAGACGCUGCGCGCGGCAUGGCCCAAGAUCAAGGAGCGCCUGAUGGACAAGGACGAGGACCCGAGCGUCACGGCGGCUAUUGUGAAUGUUGUCUGCGAGCUGGGGUGGAGACGACCACAUGACUUCCUGCCAUUGGCUCCGAGGCUCUUUGAGCUAUUGGUGGACGGCGGAAAUAACUGGAUGGCCAUCAAGUUGAUCAAGCUGUUUGCGACUCUGACACCGCUGGAGCCACGCCUUGUGAGGAAGUUGUUGCCGCCUCUUACGGAACUCAUCCGGACGACGCCCGCCAUGUCAUUAUUAUACGAAUGUAUCAAUGGCAUCAUUCAGGGCGGUAUCUUGGGUAGCGAGGAUGACAUUUCCGGGCGGGAAGAGAUUGCGACUCUCUGCGUGAACAAGCUUAGAGGCAUGAUUAUGGUGGACGGCGACCCGAACCUGAAAUACGUGGCACUACUUGCAUUCAACAAGAUUGUGCUGACACAUCCUUUCCUGGUUGCGCAACAGGAGGAUGUCAUCCUCGAGUGUAUCGACAGCCCUGAUAUCACGAUCAGAAUCAAGGCUCUGGAUUUGGUUCAGGGGAUGGUCAGCAGCGAUAAUUUGGUGUCUAUCGUCAGCCGCCUCAUGAAACAGCUCAAGUCGUCUGCACCUAAGAGAGAAAGACCUGGAGCGCCUCUCGGUCCUGACACCGGACCGGAUUCUGAAGAAGAAGCGGAGGUCAACAUUCACUCGCCGACUAAAGAGGAAGAGGAGCCUCCAUUACCAGAUGAUUACAGGAGCGAUGUCAUCGGAAGGAUUUUGACGAUGUGUGCACAGAAUAACUAUGGCAGCCUGGUGGACUUUGACUGGUACAUCGACGUCCUUAUUCAACUUGUCCGUAUGGCACCGACGCCGCGGUCCGUCGAGACGGAACUGGAUUCGGCAGGCGCUUCAGGAAAAUCGACAGCCGGAGACGUCUCUGGACGAAUUGGCGAUGAGUUGAGGAACGUCGCCGUGAAGGUCCAUGCUUUGCGAGGAGCUUCAGUUAGAGCUGCGGAUCUGAUCAUUCAACAACUCAACGCCGACGCACCCGCCGGCCACUCCCUAUCGUCAGCAUCCUUAAAAUCAACAACCUGGUUGGUCGGAGAGUACGCCAACCAACUAGCGUUCCCUGAGGACACACUCGGAAACAUCCUACGUACUAUUUCUCGCACACAUAUUCCCGACAUUCUUACUACAAGUCUUCAAGCCGUCACCAAGAUAUUCGCGUACAUCGCUGGCAACGACGGACAACCCUGGACACCCGAGUGGAAGACCAAGAUCACCCUGCUUAUGGCGCGGGUCAUUCACACGCUAGAACCACUCGCUCUUCACCCUAAUUUGGAGGUACAAGAAAGGUCGGUGGAGUUCAUCGAACUCCUUAAACUGACCGCAGAGGCGGCCUCGGGACAGGCACCGUCUUCUGAGGAUGCCCACCAAGAUGCUCCCCUCCUCCUUACUCAAGCCAUCCCAUCUCUGUUCCAGGGUUGGGAACUGAACUCUGUGGCCAUUGGGGCGCAGAAGAACGUACCAAUACCAGAAGGUCUUGACCUGGACGAACCGAUUCACCCCAACCUCAGUUACCUGCUUUCUCAAGCGGAUAUCAUACCAAUGGAAGCCAGCGAGUCAGACGACUUUGAAGUCUACUAUCACCAGCGCCCUGCGCCGACAAGCAUAUCCUCUGCCGAGCCGGCUAUCAACAAGAUCGCCGACGCGCCAGAGGAAGUCGUCAGCUCGUACCAGCAAGCAACAGAGGACAGCUACCUGGAUGCAGACAUCGUUGCUAGGCGAAAGCUCGAACGGGCAGAACGCAACCGGGACGACCCAUUCUACAUUGGCGGCUCCGGCGGCGGCACACCCCGAACCUCCACCCCAAUCCACAACAUCCUGCAAAAGGAGAACGGCCCAGACCUCGACAUAGAUUCCAUACCGAUAAUGCAGCUGGAUCUCGACAAACUGGGCUCCUCCGCUCCCGGACCGACGUCACCGGUCAGCCGGCCGCAACCACGACCUCGCCAACGCGUCAUCAUCGCGGCGGACGAAAACCUCAUGGGAAGCGGCGUAUCGACGCCCCGCAACUACGAGUCGGAGAACAAUUCGGACAGCUUCACCAAGUCGCGCGCCAAGAAGCUACGGCAAGGCUUGCUCCAAGUCGACUCGUCCACGCUCGGUUCCCUCAGCCUCGAGGGCGACGCGGCCUCCGGCUCCUCGUCCUCCCAGCACGUGGCACCGUUCGACUACGAACGGCAACAGCGCGAGGAGGCCGAGAUGGCGCAGGCGGUGAAGGAGGUCGAGAGGUUGCGCCUCGAGAUGCAGCGCGCCAAUGAGCGGAUCCAGGUCGCGCAGGGCGUCGACGUCGCCGGCACCGUCGUCAAAAAGAAGACGAAGAAGGCCAAGAAGGAUGCCGCCGCCGCCGCAGACGGGACGACGGUCGUCAAGAAGAAAAAGAAGAAGACGGCGCCGCCGGCCGUCCUGCUCACAGAGGACGCGGAGAACGGCGCGGGCGAGACGGAGCAACCCGCCAUCCCGCCACCGUCGUCGGCACUCGAGGGCGGUGUCGGUGGUAGCGGUGGUGACGCGGGGCCCGCGGUGGUUGUGCCCGCCAAAAAGAAGAAGAAGAAGAAGACGACCAAGAUGGCGGAGAUUGCGGGUGAUACCCCUAGUCCCAGUUGA